CUCCCUGCCGGAGUCGGCGGCUCCUCCAGGGCGCCAUGAGUGCCGCGGGGCUGUUGGCGCCCGCCCCGGCCCCGGCGGGAGCGCCGCCGCCCCCGGAGUAUUACCCGGAGGAGGACGAGGAGCUGGAGAGCGCGGAGGACGAGGAGCGCAGCUGCCGGGGCCGCGAGUCGGACGAAGACACUGAGGAUGCCAGCGAGACCGACCUGGCGAAACACGAUGAGGAAGAUUACGUGGAAAUGAAGGAGCAGAUGUACCAGGACAAGUUGGCCUCCCUGAAGCGACAGUUGCAGCAGCUGCAGGAAGGGACAUUGCAGGAAUAUCAGAAGCGGAUGAAGAAGCUGGACCAGCAGUACAAGGAGCGGAUCCGGAAUGCGGAGCUGUUCCUGCAGCUGGAAACCGAGCAAGUGGAGCGAAACUACAUCAAGGAGAAGAAAGCGGCUGUGAAGGAGUUCGAGGACAAGAAGGUGGAGCUCAAGGAGAACCUGAUUGCUGAGCUGGAGGAGAAGAAGAAGAUGAUCGAGAACGAGAAGCUGACGAUGGAGCUGACGGGGGAUUCCAUGGAGGUGAAGCCCAUCAUGACCCGGAAGCUGCGGCGGCGACCCAACGACCCUGUGCCCAUUCCUGACAAGCGCAGAAAGCCCGCCCCCGAUAUCCUCUGCUAUCUGUUAACAGAUGAACAGAUCAUGGAGGACCUGAAGACCUUAAACAGGCUUAAGUCGCCAAAGACACCAGCAUCCCCGUCCUCCCCGGAGCACUUGCCAGUCACCCCCUCGGAGUCCCCAGCCCAGCGGUUCGAGGCUCGGAUAGAAGAGGGCAAACUCUACUAUGAUAAACGGUGGUACCACAAGAGCCAGGCCAUCUACCUGGAGUCCAAGGACAGCCAGAAGCUGAGCUGCGUCAUCAGCUCCGUGGGCGCCAAUGAGAUCUGGGUGCGGAAGACCAGUGACAGCACCAAGAUGCGGAUCUACCUGGGGCAGCUCCAGCGCGGGCUCUUCGUGAUCCGCAGGCGCUCAGCGGCUUGACCCACCUGCUACCUUCCUUGGCUUCCCAGGCCCAUCUCCAGCGUGAUGGGCUGUGGUGGGCAGGUUGGGGUUGGUUGGGUUUUCUUCCUCCUGGAACAAAUUGGAACUGAAACAAAUGACUCGUUGGCUGGGGACUGUGGCGAGCGUUGUCUCAACCAUGUCUGUUCAACCUGUGACCCCCUCUUCCUGCCUCGACUUCCCUCCACCCCAGCCACCCAUCCAUCAUCCUGAGACUCUGCCCAAGUUUUGGGGAUCCGGGAGUUGGAGGACGCACUCGAUUGUUUUGUUGUUUUUUGUUGUUGUAUUUUUGGUUUUUCUUUUGUAAACUU